AUGGGCAUUUUAGAAACUGCUGGUAUACUUGCAAUUAUUUGUAUUCUUGCACGACUUGGUAUAUUUAUCUAUCAACUUUUAUGUCCAAAACUAAUUGAUGUUAAGACAUUUGGCCAAUGGGCAUUGGUUACGGGUAGUACUGAUGGUAUUGGAAAAGCAUAUGCACAUCAAUUAGCUAAACGAGGUUUGAAUAUUGUUUUAAUUAGUCGAACAAAAGAAAGAUUAGAAGAAGUUGCAAAAGAAAUUCUAAACAAAUAUUCCAAUAUACAAGUUAAAACAAUUUCAAUUGAUUUUACAAGUAAGUUUUGCAUCGUAAUUUAUUUCUUAUAAAAAGAAAUCAUGUACUAUUGAGCGAGUUGAUGGACCAUGUU